AAGUAAUUGUUCCCAAAAGCUUGGCAUAUGGCAAAUAAAACUCCAGAAGACGAGCCUUUAAGGAGCAAGAAACAGCGAUGGCUAGGGAUCCUGUAGUUAAGGCAAUAAGAGGAGUUUUAAUGAAGUUCUAAUAAAAUGUGCUAGUUUUGCUUGAUAAGACAGAAGAGGUGUUAGGCAUGUGGAUUUCAUGUGCCUCUACUGAAUUACUAUUUUUCAGAUUUUACACAGAAGAGUGAUUAAAAAUAGCUGAAUUUCUAUAAUUCAUUCUACUUAGGAAGAUGGCAUUUGUUUCAGAGAGCCCUGCAUUGCAGACAGUGAGCAGUGGAUCCUAUGUGUACUUUUGGAAAAAGAUUGGGCUCCUGGUUGGACCACGAGACUAUGAAUUCCCAUCCUUUGGGAUAACAAAGGACAUGAAGACAGGUGACUGCAGGCAGGUGAAUGGCCAACUGAGAGUAACAGCAGGGGCUGGUGACUGCCGAUCCUUUGGAUAAGGUGACGCCAGUGCGAUGUAUGAACAAAGAGCAGGGAAGCAGGAGAAGACGAGAAGGAAGAACGGGUCUGACGCCCUGGGACAGACUCUGAAGUGUCUGUUGAAGAUUGUGUCAAAAUGGAUCGUGAGUAUAUGACGAAGAUCAACCAUUACUGUCAAACGCGUAAACUUGCAGUGGAUUAUGACACCGUUGAUAUGACAGGCCCAUCUCAUUAUCCACAGUUCACAGUAGUUGUCAAAAUAAAUGGUCAGAAAUAUGGUACAGGCACUGGUAAAAAUAAAAAAGAAGCAAAAGCAGUAGCAGCAAAAGAAACAUGGGAGAUGAUUGAGGAACAGCAGAGGAGCGCCUCAAAUAUGGCAGCUGCAGAGUUAAUGACAAGUCAACCAACCUCAUCACCUGCACUAGACAAAAAUUAUGUCAGCCUAUUAAAUCAUUAUUCACAAAAGACGGGUCUAUUAGUUGAUUAUCCUAACAAAAAUCGUACUGGAGAUGACCAUGCUCCCACGUAUACUGUUAGCUGUACAAUUAGUGGUCAUGUGUAUGGAAGAGGCACUGGACCUUCCCGAGCUGCUGCAAAGGAAGCUGCUGCAAAGGAAGCAUAUGAGAAGAUCAAAAUCGAAACAUCUAAUGGCAGUUGUACAUUUAGCAAAUACAGCAAUUCCUCUCAAGUGCCAGCUGAGUCUGACUCAGAUACAAACAGCAUUUGCUUUGUGGACUCAUCUGCAAAGUUGGUAGAAAAAAUGAAAGACAUGGCAAUAUGUGAAAAGCCUUCACCUUUUCAGAGAAAUGCACAAAGUUAUGUCCUGAAGUCUGGAAGAAAAUUGGCAGCUAAUUUUGCUAAUAUAAGAAACAAGGAAGAGGAAAAAAAUAUGCCAGACUCAAAUGCAAAUUUGCCAGAUGUGAACACAAAUACCGGAGAAGAGAAUGGGAGUCCACACACUGUCAAUAAAACAUUUCUCGAACUUUUUGAAAAAAUAGAGCCUAUUGGUGCAGGUGGUUUUGGGAAUGUUUUCAAGGCAAUAUCGACGUGUGAUAAGACAACCUAUGCAAUCAAACGAGUUGAAUUCACAGAGAAAGUAGAGCGUGAAGCACAAGGACUGGCAAGACUUACACAUGAGAACAUAGUGCGCUAUCAUUGCAGCUGGAAAGGGGAAGACCAUAUGAAGUACUCAGACUCAAGACAGAACUCAGGCGAAAAAAUUCUCUGUCUUUUCAUCCAAAUGGAAUUCUGUGAACAAGGGACAUUGGAAAACUGGAUUGCAAAAACUAGCAAAGACCGAAAGUAUUAUGAAAUGGCACAAAACAGAUUUUUACAAAUAGUGAAAGGAGUGGAAUAUAUUCAUUCUGAAAAGUUAAUUCAUCGAGACCUCAAGCCUCAGAAUAUAUUCAUAUCACAUAAUAAAAUAAAAAUAGGUGACUUCGGUCUUGUGACUUCUGUGGCAUUUGAGACACUGACUGAGAACAGAGGAACAAAAUCGUAUAUGGCACCAGAACAGACUGGGGUCAGAUAUGGAAAGGAAGUAGAUAUUUAUGCAUUGGGAUUAAUUUGGUUUGAAAUUCUUUCGGCAAUCACUCAUCAUGAAAAAUCUGAGGUAUGGCCUUCUGUGAGAAAAGGUGACCUUCCAGAGUGCUUCAACAACCACUUUUCAACAGAGGCAUCCAUAAUCAAAAAGAUGCUUUCAACAGACCCUUCAGCAAGAAUCACUAUAUCUCAUUUACUUGACCUUCUUAAGUCUGUUGAUAAAGAGAAGGCACUUAGAAAUUAUUCUUAUUAAAUGUCCUUUCGCACUGUGUUUAAAUCCAGAGUUUGAUGAAUUUAUUACAGUCGAUGAAAUGACAGCAGAUGUUAGAAACAAGAUUUGGGGUGUGUCUUUUCCUUGGCCACAUCAGCAUUCACGUCUGCCGGCUGCACCUAGGACAGGGCACUUCUGCAAGAAAUCACAUGCAAUUUUUACCUGGAAACAUAGGUUAUGGAUGAGCUGGACUGCUUUGUACAAUAAGAACCUGGUCCUUUUCCCUUCAAAGAUCAUGCUGAUGUGCUGAAGUCCUGACUGGGUUGUGGCAAAUCCCUGCAUGUGUUGCAUCCAUUAUCCCUUACUAUCUAUUGCUUUCCAUGGAAGAACUGUUGUCUGGUGGUAUGUAACUCAAACCUUUCUGAUUCGUUCAGUGAUAUUGUUAAUAAUUACUGCAAUGCUCCUAUUAGUACCAAGACUAGUUCUGGCAGAAAAGAUACUAGGAAUAGGUGCACAUUAUUCUUCACUUUAAGUACUUUAAAGUACUUUAAGUACUUUGUUUUCUUAUCUCUUCACAGCUGCUGCUGACCUAGCAGCUUCAGUGCUCUAGAAUUUAAACUUGUAAAAUGAGGAUUUCUUAAGAAUUUAAAUGUUAAACUUAGCUUCUAGGAAAUCAAAUUUAGAACAAAUCUCAAUUUUUGACAACUUUAGGUUUUUAUAGUUGUCUUUUUUGGAAAGGAACAUUCAAGGUGCUAUUAAUACAGAAAAAUUUUCCAAUUGCCUUAGUAGUAACCAUUUGAAAUUCUAGGCUGAGAGAGCACUUUAAACAUUCCCAUGCUUCUAGGAUUUAGUCUCUUAUUGUAAUACCGAGGCAUGCCUAACCUUUAAUAACUGUACUUAGAGCCUCUGAUGUGCCCACUGCUAGCCCCACAAAAGGGAACAGCAGGUUCUCUGCUGCUUUUCAGUUGUAUCCUUCAGAGUUCAGUCUUGCCUGAACAUGAAAUACUCUGUGUGGUGUGGGGGAACAGGGUGAAAAGACACGCACAUUGGACCUUCAGGGGCUUGUCUUUGAGCUCUAUCUUGUCAAACUGUUCAUUGAUGUGGGGUCAACAUAACUCCAGAAGAGCAAAUGAGCAGAGAUUUCUAAGCAAAAAAACCAGGUAAUAUGUGAAGUACUGUAUGCUUUCUCUGAUAUGUUAAAUGGGUUAAAAGUGGGUGACUGCUCUAAAAGAAUGAAUACAAAUGAAGAUAUUUAUAUUCUUAGGAAAAUUGCUCAUGUUCUGGUGCAAGUAUUUGUUGCUAAAUAAGAAUGUGAUUGUAUGUACUUUUGUAAGGCCUUACACUGCUUUCUUUUUUUCUCUUUAUCAUGAAUGACAUACAUAGAAUCAUAGAAUGGUUUGGGUUGGAAGGGACCUUAAAGAUCAUCAAGUUUCAAUCCCCCUGCCCUGUGCCAGGGAUACUUUUCAGUAGAUCACAUUGCUCAAGAUCUUGUUCAACCUGGCUUUGAACACUGCCAGUGGUGGGGUACAGCUUCUCUAGGAAACCUGUUCAGUGCUUCAUCACCUUCACAAUAAAGAAUUCUUCCUAAUAUCUUAUCUCAACCUUUCACUUCAAAGCCAUUCCCCUUGUCCUGUCACUACAUGCCCUUGGAAAAAGUCCCCUUCCAGUUCUCUUGGCAGCCCCCUUUAGGUACUGAAAGGCUGCUCUAAGGUCUCCAUGGAGCCUUCUCUUUUCCAGAAUGAACAACUCCAACUCAAGCAACUUCACUUGCCAGUUCUCUGGAGACCAGUGGAUGCAUGUCAACAGGUCCCAUGGAUUUGUGCACUUCUAGGUUCUCUAGAUUUUCUUGAAUCUGAUCUUCUCCUUGAUAUCCCUAGCCAGGUUGAAUUCCAUCAGGGUUUUAUGUUCUUCUAACCUUAUCCUUGACUGGAAUUCAUAAAGUAUUUCACUAUGCUAGAUUAAUGAGUAUUUCUUUGCAGCAGUCAAGAUCUGUGAGAAAUUAUAUAUCCUUGCAGACAAAAUACUACUAUUUCUGCUUUAUCUUUAAUCUAUUGGGAUAAAAUUAACAUACAGUUGGGACUUGAUGAUCUUAAGAGGUCUGUUCCAACCUAAAUGAUUCUAUGAAACUAUUCAUAAUAUGAAAAUGGACAUGUGACAAUCUCUUGGCUGCAUUUCCUUUACAGUUUUUGGACAGAGAGAAUUAGUAUCAUUACCUUAUUGCUCUUAAGUAAUACUGAGUUUGUACAAGUAGUUUGUGAUACAUUUUCUCUGCAUAGUAUUUCUAUACUUCAGCAUCAACUUUUUAUAUAUGGCUAGUUAUAGUAGCAACUACUGUUAACUAAAAACAAAAGGUCUAUUAAAAUGUAUCUUUAUGUAAAAAAUGAAAACCCACCAUCAUGAUCUAAUUAUAUUUAAUUGUGGAAAAUAUGCACCUUUAUAUACAACAGAAUAUCGGUUCAAGUAAUGUCACUGUCAUGUUUCACAAGCUUUUUUUUUACCCACCAAAUUUAAGAUAGUAAGCAAGACCAGUCUAGUAUUUAGACAUCUCUGUAAAGAUGAAAAAACCCAGUUUUACACAUUAUGCAAUAAAGUGAUUGGCCAAUAUUUAUGCCUUUACUCAUACUUGAAUUUUAUUACCAUUUGGGCAGCAGGUAAAGAUGUGAAAGACUCAACUAACCUCUCAAUUAUGUUAGUUCAAUUACAAAGACCAAGUUUUAAUUCCUAUUAAAUUGUGCAUUGAACAGAAAAUAUGAAUUUAGCUUGUCAACUUAAACUCUUCUUCUGCAUACUUUGGUAUGAAUUCUUGAGUAUGGCAUAGCUCCAAUCCUUUUAAAAGAUACUAUGAAUUAUACAUACUUAUCUAGGGCUUCUUCAUUUAGACUGGCUUUAGUCGUGAUCUGAAGCACUGUCUCCAGGACAGUUUGAAGAUAAAUCUUCAGAGUCUACAGGAAAAGCGGAAAAAAAGUGAGUAGAUGCAGCUCAGCGAAGGAAAAAAUGGUUGCUGGAAAUAUUUCUAGAAUCCAUGUAGAACAGAUUAAAUAGAAUUCAAGGUUUACAAGUUAGUGACUUGCAAAUUUGUUUUAAAACAGCAAACACAAAUUCUGCUUUCUUUGGUGUUGUGGAACUGGAUGGUGUUGUAAUUGUUUCAGAAACACCUACCAGCUUUUGCAGAUUUUUAUGGUAUUGGUUUUAAUAUCUGAAUUGUGUUUUCUCAAAAUUAAUUAAAUUUUAAUAUAAAUUCAAAGAAA